UUCUCCUCACUCUCUCUUUCUCUCAAAGCAACGUGUCUCUUUCUCUCUAUUUGCUGAGCCGCGCGCGCGGGGGAGGGAGGUCCAGUCGGGAGCCUUGCGCGGGGAGGGGGUCCGCUCGGAGAGAAUUGCAAAGUUAAUAAUUCAAGGAGAAUAACGUGGUUUUGUAUGAUAUCUCAGUUUCACAGUUUCUUGUCUCUCUGCGGUUAGUGGGGACCACAUCAGAGCUUUGUUUUGUUGCAUUGAAUCCUUGUAAGAAUGGUUAUAAGGAGUUUACAUUGUCGCAAAGUCCAGUUUCUGAGUCUAAGGUGCUUUACUUCUGUAACUCCUCAUGUACUUAAGCCUGGGGAUGUCUUGAGAAAAGCAAGGGUUUUUACUGAGGAAGAUGUGCUUCAGUACUCCAAGGUGAGUUGUGAUUCCAAUCCUUUGCAUGCCGACGCUGUUGCUGCCAGAAAUGUUGGAUUUGAAGGUCCGCUGGUACAUGGGAUGCUCGUGGCUUCUCUCUUUCCUCAUAUCAUCUCAUCACAUUUUCCUGGAGCUGUGUACGUAUCUCAAAGCUUGAAUUUUAAGUUCCCGGUCUAUAUUGGAGAUAAGAUUAUUGGGGAAGUGCAAGCAACUAAUCUGAGAGAAAAUAAAAAUCGACAUCUUGCAAAGUUCAAGACAAAGUGCUUCAAGAAUGGUGAACUUCUUGUCAUCGAUGGUGAGGCUGUGGCUUUGUUACCAACCUUGAGUUUAGAACUGGAACAACAUGAGGAGCGGUGAAAGAGAUACUCACUGUCCUAAACUGUUAAGCAUGAAUACCUUUCCAAAGGCAAUUUUAGACAUAUCAGUAAUAUAUUUAUUGUUUUGAGUUUUAAUUGAUACUUUUAACCAAUCGGGUUCUAAAAUCUAAAUUGCGAUCCCCUACCCUGAACAAAAAGAUAGAAAGCAGACAAAGUUAUUGUUCUCUUUCUUAUUCUGAUGUAGUUGAUGAAAACUCAUGCUUGGUUAUUUGUGUUUUGGUCAUGUUUCUCAAAAGCUACUUCUUUGCGCAGA